CUUGUUGGUUGGGGACAGGAGCAGUUUUACAACAAGUAUAAUUUGCACCUGGGAACAGUCAAAGACCCUAGCCUCCCAUUUUUAAGAGAAAAACGUUUUCUUCCAGACUUCACUAUAUAUCACAUAGAGUAAGAAGGCGUCCACGUUUGUGAAAGGGACACUAUGUGGGACUUUGGCAAAGUGACACUCUUGUCUUUCCUGGUGCAAGUGACUGUGGCUCAAGGGCCUAUCUGGAACAGCUCUCUGUUCAGGGACUGGAGCCAGACAGACAGAAGCAGCAAACUUGCCUCCAACACACUAACCGAGCCACAGCGGACCGCAGCCUCCGCAGACGUGACUGAAUGGACGUCCUGGUUCAACAUCGACCAUCCGGGGGGGAACGGAGACUACGAGAGGCUGGAGGCCAUCCGCUUCUACUACAGGGAGAGGGUGUGUGUGCGGCCGGUUGCCAUGGAAGCCCGCACCACGGAUUGGGUGGCCGCGGGCGAGACGGGCGAGGUGACACACUCCAGCCUGGAGAAGGGCUUCUGGUGCAUCAACAAGGAGCAGCCCUACGGACGGAUAUGCUCCAACUACCACGUCCGCUUCCAGUGCCCGCCAGUUCAGGCCUACUGGACCGACUGGGCAGGCUGGGGCCCAUGCUCUGCCACAGCCUGUAAUGACGUGGGCAUCCAGGUACGCCAGAGGAAGUGUAUGAGUGUCCAGCCCCUGCCCUUGCUGCUGGCGCCCCCCUGCCAGGGUCACCACGUGGAGAGGAGGGAGUGCGUCACCCGGCCAUGUGAAGCCGAGUGGACUAAGUGGGGUCCAUGGGCCUCAUGCUCCGUUACCUGUGGCAAAGGUCGCAGGGUUAGGAGGAGGACCUGUGUGAGAUCCUCGGAAACUGUGAAGUGUGUUGGACGAGGGGGUGAAAUCCAGAAAUGUGGGGGAACUCCGUGUCCGUCCCAAUGUAAGCUUGAGUGCCCAGGUGGCCAUGCCAGUGAUGACUGCAGUCGCUGUGUGUGUGCGGGCCACGUGCUUCAGGGAGAGGUCCUCAGUAUCACCGGCGUGCCUCUGGCAGGAGCCACGAUCGCCCUGUCUAGCCAACCUAAAAUCAUCCUCACCCACACCGACUCCAUGGGCCUCUUCAGGCUCCCAGGGGUUUGCUCCAGCUCCCCCACCCAGCUCUACAUCAGGAAGGAGAGGUUUGCACCCGUCAUGGCCUACACCUCCAGCAACGGCUCCAUGUCCUCCUGGAUAAGAGCGGUCCUGAAAUCUGCAGAGAAGCCAUAUGUUAUAAAGCACCCAGAGGAUAAGGUGCGCUACGAGGGACAACGUGUGAUGUUAUGCUGCAAGGCUACAGGGUCACCCAUGCCCGACAAAUACUACUGGUACUACAAUGGGACACUUUUGGACAGAAAUGUGUUCAAAUAUGAAGAGGAUCUGGUGCUGAGGGACCUGAAGCCAGAGCAAACUGGACAUUACUAUUGCAAAGCCAGCAGCCAGGCAGGCAGUAUCAAGUCUUCCCCAGCAUUCCUCACUGUUAUUGCUAGGGGCAUGCCGGCAUGCAACCCCACACCCGAGGACCACCUCAUCAGACUGCCCAUGGACUGCGUUCAGCCUGGUACUGAUUCUAAAUAUUACAACGCUGGCCGCUGCCCCCACAACAUGUGUGCAGGCUCCCGGGACUUUGACCUGCGCUGCAGGGACGGCGGUGGCUACUGCUGUGGGGUCCAGAAGAUGGAGAGUCGGGUGAUCGACUGCGGAAGUUACCACCUGCCCAUUAAGGCUGUGACUGAGUGUGGCUGCCAGAAGUGCGUUGAACCCAAGGUGCUGGUGCGUGGCAGGGUGGUCACCGCGGACAACAAUGAACCGCUGCGUUUUGGGCAUCUGUACAUUGGCAACGAGAGAGUGGGUACCACAGGGUACAAAGGAGGCUUCACCCUCAAUGUCACCCCCGACACAAAGAGGCUGGUGGUGAACUUUGUAGAUCCCACAAAUAAGUUCAUCGACACUCCUAAGGUGUUUAUAUUCGACAAGCGAGGGGGCUCGGUUUACCAUGAUGUGAAGGUGAUGAGAAAGCAGGAACCUAUUGAUAUCAAUGCUGGAGAGACAAAUACCAUUAUUUUAGGAGAAAUCAAAGGAGAGGACCCAAUUGGAGAGAUUGUCAUACCUCCAAAUUCCUUCCACAGAAACAAUGGGGACGUGUACGAAGGUACGGUCAAAGCCAGUGUCACCUUCAUUGACCCCAGGAACAUCACAACUGCUGCUGCUGCGCCUGGUGACCUCAACUUUGUGGACGGUGAGGGUGACAUGUCUCCACUCAGGACAUACGGGAUGUUUUCUGUUGACUUCAGAGAUGAGGCAAACCAGGAAGUCCUGGGGACUGGAGCGGUUCAAGUACUCCUAGACACGCAGCACGUCAAAAUGCAAGAGCAUAUUCCCAAAAUGAAACUGUGGUCGCUCAACCCAGACACAGGUGUCUGGGAGGAGGAAAGUGACUUUCACUACACCCAGGCCAAUUCUGGUGGUAAGGGUAGGAGCAAACGAGAGGAGCGCACAUUUCUCAUAGGUAAUAUGGAAAUCAGGGAGCGUCGACUUUUCAACUUGGAUGUACCUGAAAACCGCCGCUGCUAUGUCAAAGUAAGAGCUUACAUGAGUGACAAGUUCCUAAACAAUGAACAGCUGGAAGGUGUGGUUAUCAGCCUGAUAAACCUGGAGCCUCGACCUGGCUUCUCCUCCAACCCCAGGGCAUGGGGUCGCUUUGACAGUGUGAUAACUGGACCCAACGGAGCUUGCCUGCCAGCCUUCUGUGACGCCCAGGUGCCUGAUGCUUACACCGCAUAUGUCACUGGUAUAAUGGGCGGAGAAGAAUUGGAGGCAGCUCCUUCAACCCCGAAAAUGAACCCAAACAUCAUUGGAGUCUCUCAGCCAUACUUAGACAAGAUAGACUACCAGCGUUCAGACCACAGUGAUCCAGCUCUCAAGAAAACAGCCUUCAAAAUCAACUUGGCAAAACCCAACCCCAAUAAUUUCGAAGAGACCAAUGGGCCAAUAUACCCCUAUCAGAGUUUAAUAGCCUGUGAAAAUGCUCCAGUCGAUGCCAACCAUUUCCGAUUCUUCCGUGUGGAAAAGGACAAAUAUGAAUAUAAUGUGGUGCCUUUCCAAGAGAAUGACUUAACGUCAUGGACAGGUGACUACCUAUCUUGGUGGCCCAACCCUCAGGAGUUCAGGGCUUGCUUCAUCAAGGUCAAGAUCCAGGGGCAAAAGGAGGUAAUGGUGAGAUCACAGAACCAUGGAGGCACCCACCCUGAGACCGCAGGUCAGCUGUACGGCAUCCGAGACAUCCGCAGCACCCGUGACAUGCAUGUGGCCAACACCUCGGCAGCUUGCCUUGAGUUCAAGUGCAGUGGCAUGCUAUUCGACCAAGCCACGGUUGACAGGUCCCUCAUAUCAGUCCUCCCACAGGGCAACUGUCGGAGGGUGGGCAUCAACAGCCUGCUACAGGAGUACCUCACCAAGCACCCGCCUACUUCACAGAACAAUGAGUCCCAUGCCUUCAGCAUGCUGGCCCCAGUCGACCCCUUAGGGCACAACUAUGGCAUCUACACGGUCACAGACCAGAACCCGAGGGUGGCCAAAGAGAUUGCUAUCGGACGCUGCUUCGAUGGUACCUCUGACGGCUUCUCCAGAGAGAUGAAGACAAAUGCCGGCAUUGCUCUGACCUUCAGCUGCCCAGAAAGGACUGUGACCAGGGAGAGUCUCUUUCAACGUCUCCAAACAAACCCCAGCCAGACCCUCUCUCAGAUGGCCCGGGACAUGAGAGAGGCACAGGGUCUCCAGGUCCAAGGA